AUGUCGUGGCAAGAAGUCGCGGCUGAAUUCGAGCAUUGGCUGUUCCGGAUAAAUGCUAUGCUACUUCACCUUCCUAAUGCACAAUAUCGACUACGCGGCUCACAGAUCGAACCGCAAUGCGGCAGUUGGACAAUGUGUCGAAGCUGUGCACCAUGCGUUCUCGACUCGGUUGUCAGGCCGUUCUUGCCUGAAUCGCAGUGUAUGGAAAGAAACAUAUAUGGUUUGUCAAAGAUGAUCUCCAAAGCCUUUUCCCCGCUGGCAAUCACGCUGUUCGCCGGGCAUUCGAUAGCUUCAGCCAACGUCACAGUCUCCAACAGCAAGACGUCCUUGACUUUGCUCUACCAGAACAAUCUCAAUGCUACCGAUGAUGUAAACCAUAUCGGCGCAAUUCUUCUAGGACCGACCAGACAGAAUGAUGCUGGAGGUGCCUGUGCUGCGGUUGGAGAGACGUUGGUCACGCAAUCGACUUUGCAAAAUUACAGCUCGGACUUCUACCAUUCACUGGCUUACCAAGAGUACUCCGGCAACUAUCGUCGUGGUCAGCAGUAUCUCAUCGACGGAGGUAUAACAACCAUCGAUCAGCGGACCCAGAGCCUGAAAUUCCCACAGCGGGUCAAUGGCCGAGCACCUCUGCCUGUUCUCUGUACCCAGUCAAGCAUUCAGAAUGGACCAUCGAAUGCCGUGGCAUCAUCAUCAAACAGGCUGUCCGUUUCAUCCAACGGCAAUACCUUCGUGGGCAUUCGCAACAAGAAGUCCUUUCGCUUUGUUGGGAUUCCGUACGCCGACCCAACGCAGCGCUUUGAAUACUCCACCCUCUACAGCAGCACUGGACAGACCAUUCACGCAACAACUUACGGCGCCGAUUGUGCACAGGCGUACGACUCAAGCAGUAUGGAAAAUUGCCUCUUCUUAAACAUACAGAGUCCGUACAUUCCCAAGGCUGGCUCGCAUUCGAAGCUGCGACCUGUCCUCUUCUCCAUCCAUGGAGGCGGCUUUACAGGAGGCAAUGGCGGUUCCAGCAGCGGCCUCGACUCCGGUAAUCUUGCUUCUCGCGACGACAUCGUCGGCGUCGAAAUCAAUUAUCGUCUCUCUACCUUGGGCUUCCUCGCGAUACCUGGUACUGACAUCAAGGGUAACUUUGGCAUUGGUGACCAGGUGACCGCGCUCCGCUGGGUCAAACACAACAUAGCCGCAUUUGGUGGCAACCCAAACCACAUCACCAUCAUUGGUGAAAGUGCUGGAGCUGGCUCAGUGCGAGCACUUCUCGGCUCGCCUCCAGUCAUUAACGAGAACCUCAUCGUGGGUGCCGUUGCACAGUCCAACCUUGGUGGUGGCGUGACACUCGGUCUGAAGAGCAAUUAUGGCACUACCUACAGCUCAUACUAUACCAUCAACCAGUCUUACGCUGUUGCUGGUCAGCAGAUCUUCGCAGCAGCCGGCUGCAAUCAGACGACAGUUGAUGCACAAAUUGAAUGCCUGAACACAGUGCCGGCUCAGACUCUGGUCAACCUGCCGACCGUUGCCCGCUACGUGGUUCAAGACGGCUACUAUGUGGACACGGAACAACUCAUCGUGUCUACAAAGAACUCAAGCACAGCACAUAUUCCGGUCAUCUUCGGAACAACGGCAAACGAUGGCGCUUCCUUUUCAACAUAUCCAAGGACCCCCGCUACAUCUGAGCUGAACGGCAUCAUGCAGUCCCUGGGUAUCAGCGCAGCAUAUGCUCAAGCCAUCAUCGACAGUGGCCUUUUCCCAUUCUACGACACCGGCAACCUGACCCUUGAUUCCUUCAAUGUCUCUCAGCGCGUAGCCACAGACACGACAUUUCGCUGUAUAGACGAAGCGACCGUUUAUGCGGGCUCGCAGUCUGGAGCCUUCCGCUCAGCAUAUUACUACACCAUGGACCGCACCUACGAAGGCUACGAUCCCAAUAAUCUCGGUCUCAGCGGUCUAUCUCAAGGUCCCAUAUCGCCUUCUUAUCCAAAUGGCGAUCCGGAACUCCCAUAUUUCCGCCUCCAUGGCGCAGACUUGGGGUUCACAUACGGCAAUCAGAACCCUCUGAGGGACGAAAAGGAUCUGCUAGCCAGUCAACUCAUCAGUGGGUACUUUGCACAAUUUGCUAAGACCGGUGACCCAAACCCCGACUUGGAGUAUCUACGCGUGAGAGGAUAUACGGAUGCGCUCGCUGCGGUGCAAGAUAGUGGGAGGUGGGAGCCUAUCAGCAGCCAGAAGGGACCGACGAAGACUUUGGACUGGCGAGCAAAGACUGCAGAAUUCCCGGAUCUGGAGCAGUGUGCUUGGCUGAAUUAUACCAUUUUGUAUUAUCUGGACGGUGGUUCGUAG